GGAAGGUGGCGUUAUACUCCAAAAUGGCCGCGGUUGAGGAUUUCGUGCGUCUCUCAUUUUGAAAUAUUGACUUGUAUGAAUUAUUUCAGGUGAACAUGUUACUUGCAUAUCAGCUGUCUUGAGUGAAUAUUAAAAGACUGAAGAAACUAAUUGAGUCAGUAUGGCUGAUGGUCAGGUCAUCUCUGGUGGAGUAGAUCAGUUAACCAGUACUAACGGUGGUAGUGUUGUACCUGAAGGCUAUGAUCCAACACCGCAACCAGAAGAGGAGGAUGUUCCAAUGUUAGACAUUAGUAUUAACAAUGUAGUAUGCAGUUUCAACACAAAAUGCCAUCUCAAUUUGAAGAGGAUAGCAAUGGAGGGAAGCAACGUGGAAUAUCACAGACAACACGGGAUGUUGAAUAUGAGAUUAAGAAAUCCUUACACUACUGCCAGCAUAUGGUCAUCUGGGAAGGUCACGUGCACUGGUGCUCUCAGUGAAGAGUUUUCAAAGAUAGCAGCUAGAAAGUUUGCAAGAAAGAUUCAGAAAAUGGGAUAUAAAGUAAAGUUUACUAACUUCCGUGUAGUGAAUGUCCUCGGCACCUGUUCACUGCCAUUUGCACUUGAUAUUACAAAGUUUUCCAGAGAACACAAAGAAGCCAGUUAUGAACCUGAGCUUCAUCCAGGUGUAACUUACAGGAUAAAAAGUCCCAAAGCUACAUUGAAAAUAUUCUCAACAGGCAGUAUUACUGUCACAGCCCCACGUGUUGCAAACGUACAGUCGGCAAUAGAAUUUAUAUAUCCAUUAGUAGCAGACUUUAAUGCUGGACCUAGAUCUGUUAAAACUUCUUCAAGUGUGAACAAUAUGAUGAACAAAAGACUGCACCAUGAACGUAAAGUUGUGGACGACGAGUCCGAUUUUGACGGAACCAGUAUGGAAGAUAGUGAUGAGGAAUUUGACAGUGACGUCAGUCAGGAUUAGUUCUCCACGUAAUUUGUGAUCAUCAGAUUUUGACUGUGUAUGGAACUGCAAGGAAGAAUUUGAGUUUGUCAUGAGUCAGGAAUAAUUGUGUACAUUUUUUUGUCUCGAGAUUUGAUGGAACAAGUAUGCAAGGUCGUGAGUAAGAAUAUUAGUGUGAGGCGUGUUAAGAGUACUUUUUAUUGCAUUACCAUAAUUUGUGUUCCAUUUGGAAGUUUUUUGAAAUAUCAGUGGGAAUAUAUGUGCUUAGAAUAGUUGAGGUAAUAUUAGUAUUUUGAUAAAUAAUGUUGUUUUUUUUUAUACACCAGGACCUGCAUUAAUCAACAUACUAAGUCAGAAAUUUAGACUUCUGACUAAAAUACUUCAUUCUGUAUGUUUGUAAUACUGGCACACAAGUUAAAAAAGGAACUUGUCAGAUAUAUAAUGCAUACUACAAUAGGGUUAUUAUAACUGUAGCUCGAUCUGGGAUGCUGUAUUAGGCUCGUGUGGAUUUUUGCCAGAUCGGAUCUCACAAGGCGUGCAAGUGCCGAGUGUGAUCCGACCUUGCAAAAUCCAUGAGACUGAGAGCUGAACACAAAAUCCCAGAUCUAGCCACCGUUAUAAUAACCCUUUUAUUAAAUACCUCCACCUUUUUCUUUGUUGUUUUAUUAUUGAAUGAGGGGCCUCCGUGGCCUAGUGGUUAGAGUCGUUGACUUCAAACCAUUUGCCCCUCAUCGAUGUAGGUUCGAAACCUCAUUUGGGGCGUAGAAUUCUUCACGUGAGGAAGCCAUCCAGCUGGCUUACGGAAGGUCGGUGGUUCUACCCAGGUGCCCGCUCGUGAUGAAAUUGUGCACGGAGGGGCACAUGGGGUCUUCCUCCACCAUUAAAGCUGGAAAGUCGCCAUAUGACCUAAAAUUGUGUCGGUGCGAUUUUAAACCCAACAAAAUAAAAUAAAAUAUUAUUGAAUGAAAUUUUCAAUGUUUAUCGAUCUUAAAAUGGAACUUAGUGAAAUUUUUAUGUGCGCUAUUUAUAGAACUGCAUCAGGUCAUGCAUAUUAAUGAAAGUAGCUUGGUAACAUACAAUGCAAAAGGUGCAAGCGGAAUUUUUUUCUGCCUGUUCAUAUUUACUUGUGAAAUACAAGCCAAAUUUUUUACAGAAUUUAUAUAGGUACAUAAUAAAACAAAAUAAUGUGCAAAGUUACAGCAGUAUAGAUCAAUCUGUUGAGAAAGAAGAAGUAAGGAAAUGUUGAAGAUUUAUCUUAAGACUGAAUAUCAGGCUUGGAACAUCUGUAAAAUACUUGACAAACUUGACAAAUUUGUCAGUGUAUAAUUGUCAUAGAAAGUAUUGUUUUGAUAUUUGUAAAAAAAAUGUUCUCCUAUAAAAACUACUUAAUUGCUGUAAAAUUUAAGGGUGCUUGAUGGCUUGAUACUUAAGUUAAAGUUAAUUUACAGGUGGAAUUCAGGACCAAAAAUUUUGUCUUUUAACACAGUAGAAUUUCAAUUCUGGCCCAUGUGUAAUAUGACUUGGUCAGAAUGUUUGUCUUAACAAAAUAUCCGAUGACUUGAAACUGAAUACCUUUGUCAACUGGAGAAGCUUUAUUUUCUACUAGAUCUAUAUAAAAUCUGACCAGAAUGUUUGUUUUUAUGAAAUGUAGGGCAAGUCUUGAACUGGAUCAUGUGGUGUAAAAAAGUAUUCAUAGAAAAACCUUGUUAAUACUCAAGAGACAAUAUUUUCUUAUGGCUUGAUAUGAUUUCAGUACUGAAUGUUGUCUUUAUAAAAUCUAGGUCAAGUUAAACACUGGGUAAUUUGGGGUCAAAAACAGUCACUAGGUCAAAUCAUAGAAAAAUAUUGGCAACACUCUAGUUUUCAAGUUGAUCUAUAUGAAAACUGCUUAAUAACACCAAGGUCAAGGUUGAAAAUGGGUUAACUGGGUCAUGAGAUAUAAUCAGAAAAAUCUUGUUAACACUGGAGGGGCCAUAAUUAUAUUCUGCUGGAUUUAUGAUAAUUAUAAAGGCAAAUAUUUCACCUGUUUCAUGUAGAAAUUAUGGCCUCUAGAAUGUUAAGAAUUUUUUCCUGUGUUUAACCUAGUGAGCAGGCUUUAAACCCCAGAUGACCCAGUUUAAAACUUGACCUAGAUUAGAUUAAGACGGACAUUAAGACUACGUUUCAUUACAAUUGGGUUAAAAUAGUGACCCUCUAGAGUGUUAACAGUGAAAAUGUAAAUGACUAUGAAGAUUAGUGAUGGACACUUUGCUACCACAAAUGACAUAAUAGCUCACUUUGUGCUCAGGUGAGCUAUAAAUUAAAAAAAAACAUCAUUACAUGUGCGCAACUUCUGAUGUUGAUUAAGGUUUCGAUGGAGGCAUUGAGAAACAAAAAUCAAACAACACCAAAUCAUAGAAAGAAAGAGUUGUUUGACAUGAAAAUUGAACAGCAUGUAAAACAUGUAUAUUACUUUACGAAACAAGUGUCAGUAUACUGAUAUAAACAUUGAAUUCCGGAAAAGGGCUGCCUAAAGGGGCUCCACUUCCGGACAGUUAAACGCCUUUAAAAACUCACCAUUUUCAAAGAACUGUUACACAUGUUCGUUUUGAUGCAUUUGCAAUAGCGUGCGAGUGGUGAAAUUUCGAAUAACAAGGUGGAACACAGUUUUCAGCAAUUGUUUAUCUUUAUUUCUUUACAAAUGGCAUUCAUUUUCAAAGGGAGACAACUGUUCCCGAUUAUUUUAAGUACAAAUGGCAUUCAUUUUCAAAGGGAAACAACUUUUUCCGAUUAUUUUAAGUAAUCUUUGAGA